AUGGAAGUCAUAACUAUACCCGCCUUGUCGGAUAACUACAUGUAUGUAGUUAUCGACAGAGCAUCAAAUAUAUGCGCAGUUGUGGAUCCAGUGGAACCUGAUAAGAUUUUGAGUGCAGUCACGCAACGCGGUUUGCGACUUGAAUCUAUAUUGACAACUCAUCAUCACUCGGACCACGCUGGAGGAAACCUUGACCUUGUAACUAAAUGCAGGAAACAAGGCUUAGAGGGAGUAAAGGUGUAUGGAGGAGAUGAUCGUAUUAGUGGUUUGACUGAUACUGUGUCUCACGGACAUAAAAUAAAGAUUGGUAGCAACCUCAAUGUUUGUUGCUUGGCUACACCAUGUCAUACUACUGGUCAUAUAUGCUAUCUGGUUACCGAAGAAAACAGUACCAAAGAAGGGGUGGUAUUUACUGGCGACACGUUGUUCCUUGGAGGUUGUGGAAGAUUUUUUGAAGGGACCGCUGAACAAAUGUUUAAAGCACUUAUUGAGGUUCUUUCCAAGUUACCAACAACAACGAAAGUCUAUUGUGGGCACGAAUAUACUGUAAAAAAUCUUGAAUUUGGCUUAACUGUUGAGCCAAAAAAUGACGCGCUUAAACACCGGUUAGAAGCUGUAAAACGUUUACGUGCGUCUAAUCAAGCAAGUGUUCCCGGUACAAUCGGAGAGGAAUUAGCAACCAAUCCUUUCAUGCGUGUUUGUGAACCAGAUGUGCUCGCACAUGCGAAAACUACCGAUCCCAUAAAAGCCAUGAAAACAAUUCGCGAAGAAAAAGAUCACUUUUAG